GGGGGCGUCCAUGUACGAAGAGAAAGUCAGUCGGCCAUUGAUUACACAUUGAGCCACGCUUGAUUGAGGAGGAGGAGAAAGACCUCGGAGCAUUGGGGGUGUAUCAACAACAAUUUCACCCGGGACCAAAGCUGGUAUCUGCUGCAGGAAAUACAGCGGCUACUUUCUGUCAGUCAAGGUCGCCAAGGGAGCACAUAAAAGGUUUAUCGUGCGCAUCUUUCCAGUCUGCCGAUGCUCUGUGUGUCCCGUCUUCUCCAGCAAGCACCUUUUCCCCUCCUUCUUCGAGACCACAAAACCUGCUCGCCAAGUCACAGCCAAGCAGCAAUCAGUCACAAUGGCGCUCGACGAAUACACCUACGUCUUUGCCAUUGGCACAUUCUUUGCUAUGCUAGAUGCAUACAAUAACGGUGCUAACGAUGUCGCAAACGCCUGGGCGACCAGCGUGUCGUCAAGAUCCAUCACCUACAGACAAGCCAUGAUCUUCGGUACCAUUUUCGAGAUGUUGGGCGCCAUCACCGUCGGUGCGCGUACGGCCGAUACUAUCAAGAACGGCAUUAUCCCAAACAGCGUCUUCAACGGCAACCCUGGCGUUCAGAUGCUCGCCUUCACAUGUGCUCUGGCCGCCGCUUCUUCCUGGGUCAUGUGGUGCACGCGACACUCUGCCCACGUCUCUUCGACAUACUCUCUGGUUUCUGCUGUUGCUGGUGUCGGUGUUGCUGUUGCUGGCGCCGAUAAGGUUCAAUGGGGUUGGAACGGCGGCAAGGGUCUUGGUGCCAUCUUCGCUGGUCUGGGUAUGGCCCCCGCCAUCUCAGGCUGUUUCGGUGCCAUUAUCUUCAGUCUCAUCAAGUUCGUGGUUCACGUUCGCAAGAAUCCCGUGCCAUGGGCUGUUUGGACUUCGCCCUUCUUCUUCCUCAUCGCCGGUACUAUUUGCACGCUUUCCAUUGUCUACAAGGGCUCUCCCAACCUGGGUCUGAGCAAGAAGCCUGGCUGGUACAUUGCCGCCGUCACCAUGGGAACCGGCGGUGGUCUUUGCCUCCUCGCCGGUCUCUUCUUCGUCCCCUUCGUCCACGCCAAGGUCAUUAAGAAGGACUAUACCAUCAAGUGGUACCACUUUGUCUACGGCCCUCUUCUCUUCAAGCGUCCCGCUCCCGCCGAUGCUGAGAAGGCCAAGGUUCCCAACUACGCGGUCGUCCAAGAGGAUGAGCACGAGCAAACCCUUCCUUCCCACGAGUCUGUCAAGUCUUCCGAGUCUGGGGAUGAGCCUCUCAAGGAGACUCAUGAGAAGGAGAUCCACGUUCCCCAAGAGAGGUCUCUGGCUGCUGCCGAGAUUGGCCAGGGCCCUACCUACAAGCAACUUCAGGCCGAGGGCGAGGCUAAGUUGCACGCAAAGAUGAUGAAGAAGCGUGGUCCUCUCGGCUGGGCCAUGCGAACCCUUCGCGACAACCCAAUGGGCGCUGGUCAGAUCUACGAGUUCCACAACAUGAAGAUCGCCCUCAAGCGAAUUCCCGCCAUGAUCACUGUCGGUGUUCUCUACGGUCUUCACUACGAUAUUCACGCUGCUCAGACCGGCGUCGCCGGUACCCCCGAGGGUGAGCGCAUGAAGCGCGUCUACGCCAGUGCUAAGAAGUACCCUAACGAGGUUGAACACACCUACUCUUUUGUCCAGAUCAUCACCGCUUGCACUGCUUCCUUCGCCCAUGGCGCCAACGAUAUCGGCAACUCUGUCGGUCCCUGGGCCGUCAUUUACUCUGCCUGGAGUACCGGUGACGCUGCCGCCGCCAAGGCUCCCGUCCCUGUCUGGCAGCUUGCUGUUCUCUCCGCCACCAUUUCUCUUGGUCUCAUCACCUACGGCUACAACAUCAUGAAGGUCAUGGGCAACAAGAUUACCUACCACUCCCCCAGUCGUGGUUCUUCCAUGGAGAUGGGCGCGGCCAUUACUGUCCUCGUCUUUUCCCAGUACUCUCUUCCAGUUUCCACUUCCAUGUGCAUCACUGGUGCUACGGUCGGCGUCGGUCUGUGCAACGGUACUCUCAAGGCUGUCAACUUCCAGCGUGUUGGUCUCUUGGUUUUCUCUUGGAUCAUGACAAUCCCCGUCGCGGGCACUCUUGGCGGUGUCCUCAUGGGCUUGUUCCUUAACGCUCCUCACUUCUAAGCGCAACGCAUCUUUCUCCGGUGGGGACUUUCAUUUGAUACCAUCUUGACUAGACACAUAAUGUACAUGAACAAAAAGGGGGCUUGGCACGGCAUACAAAGACGGGUG